AUGUCUGAACAUAGAGAUGAACAAGGGUAUAGAAAUAAUCAGAAUAACAGAAGGAGAGAGGAAGGUUCUUAUAGGACUCGAACUCCCUCUCACAGUGUCACAUCCCGGUCUAGUACAAGCAUGCAUCUAAAUACUGAUGAUAUCCAUAAUAUAGCCAUGGAAGUGGCUAAGGUAAUAACGAAUGCACAAACCGGUAAUGUUAAUCCAUCUGGAGAACGACCUGAAGAAAGCUCAGCUGCCUCCACGCCAGUACAAAGGGAAAGAAUGGGCGAAAAGAAAAACACCAUUGCAACCAUGCCACUAGAAGGAAAAGGUGAAUAUUCCAAAUCAAAGGAAUGUACUUAUAAGCACUUCAUGUCCUAUAAACCUCAGUCCUUCGACAGAAGAAAGGGAACACUAGAAGCUCAAGACUGGCUCAACAGAAUGGAGUCGGUAUUAGACAUAUGUGAGUGUGAUGAUUGCAACAAAGUACGGUUCGCCGUACAUAUGUUUGAAGCCGAAGCCCUUCACUGGUGGAACAUUGUGGUUCGAACAGAGGGAAAAGAAAAGGUUAAGGAGAUGAAGUGGGAGGAGUUUAUUCAUAAGUUUCUUGCUAAGUAUUGUCCUCCCAGUGAGACUGAGCAUCUGGAAGUGGAAUUCUUUCAGUUAAAAUGGGAAAUAAAACCUAUCGAGACAUUGGCUGAGGAACAACUGAUCAAUAGGUUUAUUUGGGGUCUACCAUCUGAAAUGAGGGUGUUUAUCAAAUCCAAAUCCCCCAAGACUUUUGCAAAAACUGUUGAGGCUGGCGCCGUCAUGACUGCCGAGAUGAUUCUGCGGCAGGCCGAAUCUCCCGCACCAAAAAGGAAGUGGGAAGAAAGAAAGGGGGACACCCAGAAUAACAACUUUAAAAGGCCUAAAAUAUUUCCUCAAUGUCAAAUUUGCAAACGCUUUCAUACGGGGGAAUGUCGUUUUCCUUGUCCAAAUUGUAAAAAGACGGGUCAUGCUCUUCAAGAAUGCAAGGAAAAGAAGAAGUGUUUCGAAUGUGGAGACCCUAACCACAUGAGAUCUGAAUGUCCUGAACUCAAAAGAAAUAAUAAGACACAACCAAAUCAGCCAAAAGGGCGUGCAUUUGUACUCGCCACGGAAGAAGCCAAGACCAAUACACACGUUAUCACGGGUAUGUAUCUCGUAAAUGAUGUAUAUGCCCGUGUGUUAUUUGAUACCGGUGCAAAUAGAAGUCUAGUGUCGACUACCUUUAGACCUUACUUGAACCAGGCAUCCCAAAACCUAGACCAUGCCUUUACAGUAGAAAUGGCUGAUGGAAGUCAAAGAGAGAUAGUUGACAUUGUUAAGAAUUUUAAAAUAAGCUUAAACAACCAUGUUAUCCCUAUAGACCUAAUGCCUAUGGAACUUGGAGAAUUCGACAUAGUCAUAGGAAUGGACUGGUUGACACCAUAUCAUGCGGAAGUUAUAUGUGAAAAAAGGAUCGUCCGACUCCGAUUACCCAACGGCAAACAACUAACUGUAUCGGGAGACCGCACUGACAAGACUAAGGACCCCAUCACGAUAGCACAAGCACAUAAAUGCCUAAGGAAAAGGUAUGUUGCCUUUUUAGCAUAUGUCAUAAACACUACAGAAAAGCAGAAGGUCGAGGACAUGCCAGUAGUACGAGAAUACCCCGAAGUAUUUCCCGAUGAGCUCCCGGGACAACCAUCGGAUAGACAGGUUGAGUUUCGCAUUGACCUAGUUCCCGGUACAUCACCGAUUGCUAAGUCGCCGUACAGACUAGCCCCGACAGAAAUGCAAGAACUCAAGAAGCAACUACAAUAG